AUGGACGAAGCCAGCGCCACCAUCUUCAUCACUGUUCAAAAGAUCUACUACCCACUCCUGUGCAUCAUGGGUAUUCCAGCCAACCUCUUCACAUUCUACAUGAUAUGCUUCCGAAAAUGUGGCAUGUCCAACACAGCCAUUAUUUACCUGAGUUGCCUGGCUAUUGUGGACACCUUUUACCUGGUGUGGGUGAUCCUUAUUGACUUGACCCUCACCUUCUGGCUUCUGCAACCCUUCUGGCACUCCAACCCCUGGUGUGGCAUCUUGGGAUUCCUGCAGUACGGAUCACUCUACAGCUCCUCCUGGAUCGUGGUGGUGUUCACCAUUGAGCGCUACCUCGUCCUCAGAAGCACAAUGGCCAAGCAGCACUUCUCCCAGGCCUGGGUCACUAAAGGGACCUGUGCGGCUAUCGUCCUGGUGUCCCAUCUUGUCUCUGUGCCACUGGGCUGGAUCAACAUAGUCACACCUGUCAACAUUACCGUGGAUGGGGAGAAUGUGACGCUGCCCAGGUGUCUUUACCGCAAUGAGGCCUACACUACUGUUAUAGUGUGGAUAACCACCUUCCUCUCAGGGGGAAUACCCAUUGUGUUGGUCAUCAUCUUCAACUACCUCAUUGGGUACCAUCUGUCCCGCGCCAGCAACCUCUUCACUAAGGAGGAGCGUCGUGCCAUGCAUGGAAGGAGUACCAGGGGCAUGUUGAAGAGGACCAUCCUGCUGCUGGGUACUGUCUCUGUGGCCUUUGUUGUGCUCAGCCUGCCCCGCUUUGUCACAUACUGCAUCCUGAGGACCAAGUACAACAAUCAGAACUUCAACAGGAACAACUACAGCAUUCCCAUCAAUGUGGCUGGAGACUUGGCUAAUAUGCUGCAGAACCUCAACUCCACCACCAACUUUCUGCUCUACUGCAUGGUCAGCCGGCGCUUCCGGCAGGAGCUGGUCCAGGUAGUGACUUGUAAGGUGAAGGCCCGUGAGCUGGGCUCUGUCCUCACCCAUACCACCAUGAAAGUGUUCUCAGUUGUGAAUCAUAAGGCCUCGGUAUCCAGCAACCCCAUGACUGUGGUGCUAACCAAUCUCAAACAGACUGAGUAG